AUGGUCUUAGGUGGUGUUGAGAUGAAGAAGAGUCUGUUUUGCCGCACCUUUUUCUAUGAAAUCCUGGAAGCUCUCGGCUACGACUCCGUAACGAAAGAUACAAAGUCUCUUGUAUUAAUCAAGGUCUUGGAUAUUCCAGUCAGGAUAUAUUUGAAGAAUAUGAAUUUAAAAAAUAAAUAUGAGACUCCAGUGAGGAUACACUUGAAGAAUGUAUAUGCUACUCUCACCCUUGCUACCAUAGCAGCCUCUGUUGGUGGCUAUGCCCACAUGUUCAGCACAUUUAUUAGUUCUGGAUUCAUGACUUUUCUGAGUGCCAUUUGGGUAUUAAUAUUACUCGUAUUUACACCUUAUGAUGGCAAAAACCAGCUGCAGAGACUUUCUCUCCUUGCUCUCUAUGCUCCUGAUGGUCAUUACCUCUAUCUUAGAGGUACACUGAUGUCGGUAUUGUUAACCCUCAUUUGGGUUUCGAUAUAUAAUAUCUUCUUUGGCUCUCAACUCCUUUUUAAGGCAAAUUUGUACAUUGGUCUAGCAGUCAUGUGUGGCUUUAUAGUCUAUGACACUCAGUUCAUUGUUGAGAGAGCACGCCGAGGAGAUAUGGACUAUGUGAUGCACAGUUUGAAUCUAUUCGUUGACUUUGUUGGAGUAUUUUGGCGCCUUCUCAUGAUCCUUACAAAUAAGACAUAUCCAAUAAGUUAUUUUGAGACACAGGUGAAGCAUUUAUUUGAAGAUCUACUUUACUGUCAUUUUUACUGUUAA